AUGACAAUAAUAUCAGAAGUCGCCUCUAAAGUGAAGGAUAUUUGCUUAGUACCUCCUACGGAAGAGGAAACAUCCUCAUCAAAACAAAAUCUCAAAAAUUCAAAACAGUCCCAGCCGGAACCGAAACGGCCCGUCCUCGAGAUCACGUCCUAUGAUCGCUUCACUCCACCAAGUCCGACACCCGACCUUGAAUACGACUGCCGCAUAACCAACAACCCAUCUGAAGAACUCCGUAAAACAUGCACGGGGCUCGAUGCCAUUUUGCAAGAAGAGCUUAUGAGCCGGAGCUCGUUUAGCAACAUGGUUACACGGGCGGAAAGCGACAUUAGACGUCUUAUGGAGGUGGAAGACGUGAGGGCUCUUCGGGCAGGUGAGACGGCUAUUGUGAGGGUAGGAUGUCUCUGCGGGAGCGGACAUCAUCGCAGUGUAGCGUUUGCAGAAAAGCUGGGACAGGUGCGGUGGUGUGAGCAAGGGGAGUGGGAAGUCAGGGUCUCGCAUCGAAAUCUCACCAGUGGAGUAGAGGAGAUGAAGCGGAUUAAGAGUGAGAAGAGCAAGAUGAGGGAAAAUAAAGAGAUAGAAAAGAAGGACAUACAUGGUUGUGCUGGAGGAGCGGCGCGGAAAUAA